AUGUUUACAUUUCUCAUACUUUUGACAUACAUCGUAAAUGAUAUCUUUGGGAAACUCUGUCCACCCAUAUUUGGCCAGUUUAAAUGUCCAUUGAACUUCACUUGUGUAAUUAAUGAAUGUUACUCUGACAAUAAUGCAACAGCACCGCUUGAUUGCGAACAAGUGAAAUGCGAUGCUAAUUUCAGGUGCUAUAAGGGGAGAUGUUAUCCAACAACCGGUCUGCCUUGUGAUCGAAAUGUGCAGUUAUCCGAACAUCAGUCCAAAUCUAUAACUUCUAACUGCGGCCUAAAAGGACGAUGCAUCAAUGGUCGAUGUGCUGAAGACAAAUGUUUUGGAGCUAACUGUACCAAGGAUGAAUUAUGUGGUGAUGGAAAAUGUUUGACAGUAAGCAGUAAUUUCUGUAUAACUCAUUUCGACUGUGGUCCUACAUUCAAGUGCUAUCAGAACAAAUGCAUACCAUUUAAGAGAAAUUCAAUCUCAUGCAACUGUGAUCCUGGUGAAGUGUGCCAGAAAGGACGUUGUGCACAUGUAAGCUGUCAACCGGGCUCGUUUUGUUUGCAAGGUACAUGUCAGUCAGCUAUCGGUCAAGAUUGCACUUCUACAACAUGCCAAGGAGGUACAAUUUGUGUAGAGGGACGAUGUAUUCUGGAUCCUUGCACUAAUCGUUGUCCAUCGGACCAUGUUUGUCGAGAAGGUCAAUGUAGACAUCUUCAAGGAUUGUUAUGUUAUCGAGAAUGUCCUAAACCCUAUGUGUGCAUCAGUGGGCGCUGCACAAAAAAUGAAUGUUUUGGGAAAAUUUGCCAACUUGGUGAAAUGUGUCAAUCUGGCCUCUGUAUCAAAGUGGAAGGACGACUGUGCAGUUUGGCGAUACGUGAUUGUGCUGAAGAAUUUGAGUGCAUAGGAAAUACUUGUCGUGAUUUAUUGGUAAAAGCCAAUGUUACUUUACCAUAA